AGUCCAAAUAAAAGUCCCGAAGACAAAAAUGCACUUCCGGUUACGUUGCCAAAGUAACAUUCAGAAAUGAUAGAUUUGUUGGGAAGCGGUGUUGGUGGUGGUAAGCUGAGGAAGAUGGCCAGUGUUGACCAGUUUUCGUUUUUGUUUCAAGGCAUAAACCGAAAUUUCCGAGUUGCUGAGGAUAUUUUAGCUAUUAUUGGUUUAAUAUAUGUGAGUAAAACUGCAUUUCAGUUUACAUGGAAUGUUUUGCAAGGAUUAAGGACACAUGUCUUGGCUCGGUUCAGGCACUUGAACUUUGCAAAAUAUGGCAAGUGGGCAGUUGUUACUGGUGCUACAGAUGGUAUUGGCAGAGCAUAUGCACGGGAAUUGGCUCGAAGAGGAAUGAACAUAAUCAUAAUUAGCAGAAAUAAGGAAAAAUUAGAUAAAACAGCACAAGAUAUUGAGAAAGAAUUUAAAGUUCAAACAUUCACAAUUCAAGCUGAUUUUUCAAAGGGACGAGACAUCUACAGUAAUAUUUCUAAACAACUUGAAGAUAAAGAAAUAGGUGUUUUGAUCAACAAUGUUGGUGUAAUGUAUGAAUAUCCAGAAUGUUUUAUGAAUGUUCCUGAGCAGAAACUAUGGGAUUUGAUUAACAUUAACAUUGCGUCCGUGACUAUGAUGACAUACAUAGUUAUUCCACAAAUGGUACAAAGGAAAAAAGGCAUUAUAGUUAAUAUGUCAUCCAUAUCAUCUUUUCAUCCUUUGCCUCUCAUGGCUGCAUAUUCUGCAUCUAAGAUAUUUGUUGACUGGUUUUCAAGAGCUUUAUGCUAUGAAUACAAAGAUGAGGGCAUUAUUGUGCAAAGUUUGGUUCCAUCUUACAUUGCUACCAACCUUGUAAAAUUCAGCAGUUUUCUUCAGCGUCCCAGUUUCAUAGUUCCUGAUCCCGAACGCUUUGUAAAAAGUGCCAUCCAGACCAUCGGGGUAUCAAAUCGAACAACAGGAUUUUGGUCACAUGGAGUACAAUAUUGGAUGUAUGAGCUUACACCAGCAUUCUUGUGGUAUAGAGUAUCAUGGUUGAUGCAGAAAACUAUUGAUAAUCAUAAGAGAUUGCCGAAAUCUGAAUGAUCUUUAUUUGGGUGUUAUUAUUAUUUUUUUAUACCUCAUUUGGUGGCUUCCUGUGAUACUUACUUUUUAGUUACUUAAUGUUUUGAUAUGAUAUUUUAUCAUAUGUUUAAAAAUGUGAAAUUUCUUUGUUGCUUAUUGUUCAUGGAGAAUGGUAAAUAAAUGUACCUGUUAUACUA